GCUCUGUUCGCUCGUUACCUCGUCAACAUCGUCAACUCCACGCCCACAUCGAAUAUUCCUCUCCAGCAUUGGUUACCCCAUUUUACGACGCUAUUCAUUGUACUAUUAUCAGUAUCAUCGACAUCGCUCUGUCUGGCUCACAAUGUCGCCCAUGCAGCUCCCGGCCGAGUUGGUCAACCUCCUGGCGCUGCACUCGUCCUUCCUCACCGCGCUGUCACUGCACUACGCGCAUAAUGGCACCUCGACGCCCGCCGAUCUCCGCGCCUUGACUGAAUCCGUCACACUGGUCUGGAGACAGCGCAAAGUUACUACCGACGACAUGCGUCUCCUUAUGGGCGUCCUCGACCACGGUCCCUCGGGGGAGAACAACCCGUACUAUCUCUCCGACUAUGGCCGCGGCAAGAUCUGCAUCGAGAUCAAGGACAGCAGUCCAAUGCUUGAUGGGAUGACGCAGAUGAACGAAGGCGCGCUGCAGGACAUGUUCAAACAGGGCUUGGACGCUUUGUGGUCGCAAUGGAGUGUCGCGCAGAAGAUUACAACACGCCCGAUCGCGACACCGAAGCGCGGACGUGGACGCGCCAAGAAGGUCGAUGUCAAUCAAGCACGCCUAGAGACCUUUCUCGACGAAACCGCCAUAUCCAAGUUCGUCGCCCAGCUGCCCCUCGCCGACAUCACACCCUGUGCCUCCCUGACCGCAAUCGCGCCCAUUCAAGAAAAAGGACGCAAGCGGCUUAGGGAAUUCAAGGAGAGUGUGCAACAAGGCCGUGCCCAGAAAAAGACACGCCAAACCCCCGGCAAGGAAAACGAGUCCACGUCUCAAACUCAACCCGCACAAGCCAAGAUUACAGAAUUCGCAGCUGUCCGCAAAACAAACCUCCUCGACCGCAUCCUCGCAAAGCAAGAAGCCGCCGCCAGCGGCCCCAAGGCCCCAUCUCCAGCCGAACUCCAGCGCAAGGCAGCGCUCCAACGCUCGGAAGAAGUGCUUGGAGUGCUCUCCCUGCUAUGCGCAAGCAGGCCCGGUGCACGCAUUUCCUUCUCCACAACUACGCUACUGCAGUCGCUGCAGGCCUCGAUCCGCAGCCCCAUCUCGAAGGACGAGGCGAUGAAGUGUGUGGAAGUGCUAGCGAGUGAGGUUGCGCCCGGGUAUGUCAGUAUAGUGAGGAUGGGGAGUAUUUCCAGCGUGGUGAUUAACCGCGCGAUGAGGCCCAUGGAUGUCAAGAGUCGACUUGUAGCGCUGGGCGCUGUGUAGUCUGUGUUUUUUUUUUCAUUUUGUUUAUUGUUCUCUUAUAUCGUUUUGUGUGAAUUCAGCAUUAACGUUAGUUGGAUGGUUUCCUGUGUAUCAGUUUUAUUUGGAUUUAGCGUUUUAGCAUUACUUGUUUUUAUUUCUCUAUUCGUUUCAUUUUGUUCCGUUUCUCUAUUUCUCAAUACGUUUCGAUUUGAAUCGCAUACCAUUCCCAUGACUUGUACUCUAUUUACUUUGUUAUAUCUCCGACAUCGAACGAAUAUCGUAGUUCCCAAUCUUGACUUCAAAUGAAAGACUUGAGUCUUGCAACACCGAUUUUCUCCCUUCCUGGUGCAUUAUUUACUGUUUCCUAUCCCUAGGAUUCUUGUGCUCUCCUCCCUGUCUUGAAGAUAAUGCAGAUAGAAAAGAAUAUGAAUCAUACGGCACCACAAACAUAUCACCAAAAGCCUUGAUCU